AUGGAGUCCUCAAGCGACAAAGAAUGGGCUUCAAAAUACCUUCUUGAUCCUCUGAACGAACCCGAGCCUUCUCAGGAAGAUGGCCCAGGCAAUACCUUCCGGCCGGGCGUCACUGUCGCUCCGGUCAAGGCUCCUCCAAAGAUUCUUCCCGGGAGAAGACUUUCAAAGACGAAUACCUACCGAAAGAGCUCGAUCUCGAACACAACCACCACCGAGGUCAAGCGUAGCGCAUCGCUGAACGGUAAUGGCAGCAGCAAUGGUGUCCCAUACCCCUCACCUCCACCUUCUGCCACUUCACCCACGGCGAAGUACUCUCCACAAUCGCCAUGUUCUCCCAGCCACAGGCAAGAGGCAUUUGGGGAAGGUAGACCGGCAGGACCCCGUCGGAGAGGCAGCUCUUUAUCCGAACGCUAUCCGGGCGAUAUGUCACAUCGCCCACUGGAUACAUUGACCAAAGAGAAAGCUGUUGCAGACCGAUCUCGUCAUUCUACCCGGAAGCAUCACAUUCAACCCGAUACGAUUGAUAAGCUGGAUCAUAGCGGAGGUACGGCCUGGCAUCACGGAGGACCCUAUGACGCCACAUUGUUUGCUCGAAACAAUUCCUCCAACUCACCUCUAGCAGCUCUGGCCGGCUCCAACGCGGAAGCUCUCAAAGCCACUCCGAAAGAAAAGAUUAUGGACAGUGUGAUUGGCCAUCGACCUCUUGACGGAGUAGCGGCCUAUGCACCGGGGAAUCAAGAUCGUAAUGGCAAUGUUUACUGCUAUGAGGAAGGCGAUAACAUGAUGAUCGAAAGCGGACCUGAAGGUGGUGCUUAUAAGCGCUGGCCUGGCGUCCAAUAUCACCCCAACGAUGUCAAAGGCAAAGGUGAGCCUAGCUAUAGCAUCGAAAAGGCCUUCAAGGACCACAGCAUCCGUGACGAAAAGGUCGAGACCAACGGUAAUGGUAUCGAAAUGAAAAGCCGAACCCGAAGCAGCAGUGGUGCCAUCCCUUCUGAGGGCUGGGACGAUGGCGAAGGUCAAAUGAAUCGAAGUGGAAGUAUCAGUAAAAGGCUGAGCGGUGGAUUGAAGAAGAGAUUCGGCAGCAUCAAGCGCAGUCAUCAAGCUGAGGAUUAG